CCCUGCGCGUCAGGCCCGCGGCCCCUGAUGCGGAGGCACUGCGGCCGGGGCCAUGCAGCAGGCGCCGCAGCCGUAUGAGUUCUUCAGCGAGGAAAACAGCUCGAAAUGGCGGGGACUGCUGGUCUCGGCCCUGCGGAAGGUUCAAGUGCAAGUACAUCCAACUCUCUCAGCUAAUGAAGAGUCUCUCUAUUACAUUGAAGAGCUGAUUUUUCAGCUGCUUAGUAAAUUAUGCAUGGCCCAACCAAGGACUGUUCAAGAUGUGGAGGAACGAGUUCAAAAGACCUUUCCUCAUCCAAUUGAUAAAUGGGCUAUUGCGGAUGCACAAUCUGCCAUAGAGAAACGAAAGCGAAGAAAUCCUCUUUUAUUGCCUGUGGACAAAAUCCAUCCUUCUUUGAAGGAAGUUUUGGGGUAUAAAGUGGACUACCAUGUGUCCCUGUAUAUUGUGGCUGUACUGGAGUACAUCUCAGCAGAUAUUUUAAAAUUGGCUGGUAAUUAUGUUUUUAAUAUCCGACAUUAUGAAAUAUCUCAGCAGGACAUCAAAGUGUCGAUGUGUGCAGAUAAGGUUUUGAUGGACAUGUUUGAUCAGGAUGAUAUAGGUUUGAUUUCUUUGUGCGAAGAUGAACCUAGUUCUUCAGGUGAAUUAAACUACUAUGACCUCAUCAGAACUGAAAUUGCAGAAGAAAGACAGUAUCUUCGGGAACUGAACAUGAUCAUAAAAGUGUUUCGAGAAGCCUUUCUUUCUGACAGAAAGUUAUUUAAACCUUCUGAUAUUGAAAAGAUUUUUAGUAACAUUUCAGAUAUACAUGAAUUGACUGUGAAACUUUUAGGUUUGAUUGAAGACACAGUUGAAAUGACUGAUGAAAGCAGUCCUCAUCCCUUAGCGGGCAGCUGUUUUGAGGAUUUGGCAGAAGAGCAAGCAUUUGAUCCUUAUGAAACAUUAUCACAGGACAUUCUAUCACCAGCAUAUAAUGAACAUUUCAGUAAGCUGAUGGCCAGACCUACAGUUGCUCUGCACUUUCAGUCCAUUGCUGAUGGCUUUAAAGAGGCAGUCCGCUAUGUACUUCCACGCCUUAUGUUGGUACCAGUGUAUCAUUGUUGGCAUUAUUUUGAAUUAUUAAAGCAAUUGAAAGCAUGUAGUGAAGAGCAAGAAGACAGAGAAUGUUUGAAUCAAGCUAUCACUGCUCUCAUGAAUCUCCAAGGUAGCAUGGACCGGAUUUACAAGCAGCAUUCUCCUCGGCGCCGGCCCGGGGAUCCUGUUUGCCCUUUUUAUAAUCGUCAAUUAAGAAGCAAGCACCUGGCUAUCAAAAAAAUGAAUGAAAUUCAGAAAAACAUAGAUGGAUGGGAAGGCAAAGAUAUUGGACAGUGUUGUAAUGAAUUCAUAAUGGAAGGAUCGUUGACAAGAAUUGGUGCUAAACAUGAGCGGCACAUUUUUCUCUUUGAUGGCCUAAUGAUCAGCUGUAAACCUAAUCAUGGCCAGACUCGGCUUCCAGGUUACAGUAGUGCAGAAUAUAGAUUAAAAGAAAAGUUUGUCAUGAGGAAAAUACAAAUCUGUGAUAAAGAAGAUACUUGUGAGUGCAAACAUGCCUUUGAAUUAGUAUCCAAAGAUGAAAACAGCAUAAUAUUUGCUGCUAAGUCUGCUGAAGAGAAAAAUAAUUGGAUGGCAGCACUUAUUUCUCUUCAUUAUCGUAGCACUCUAGAUCGAAUGCUAGAUUCUGUAUUACUGAAGGAAGAAAAUGAGCAACCACUGAGAUUACCAAGUCCAGAAGUGUAUCAUUUUGUGGUAAAAGACUCUGAGGAAAACAUUGUUUUCGAAGACAACUUGCAAAGUAGAAGUGGAAUCCCCAUUAUUAAAGGAGGAACUGUGGUGAAGUUAAUUGAAAGGUUAACAUAUCAUAUGUAUGCAGAUCCCAAUUUUGUCCGUACUUUUCUUACCACAUAUCGUUCAUUUUGUAAACCACAGGAAUUGCUAAGCUUACUGAUCGAACGAUUUGAAAUCCCAGAGCCAGAACCUACUGAAGCAGACAAAUUGGCAAUAGAGAAAGGCGAGCAACCAAUCAGUGCUGACUUAAAAAGAUUUCGCAAGGAAUAUGUUCAGCCAGUACAACUUAGGGUCUUAAAUGUGUUUCGGCACUGGGUCGAACACCAUUUUUAUGACUUUGAAAGAGACUUGGAAUUGCUUGAAAGACUAGAAUCCUUCAUUUCAAGUGUAAGAGGGAAAGCCAUGAAGAAAUGGGUAGAGUCAAUUGCUAAGAUCAUCAAGAGGAAGAAGCAAGCGCAGGCAAAUGGAAUAAGCCAUAAUAUUACCUUUGAAAGUCCACCUCCUCCAAUUGAAUGGCAUAUCAGUAGGCCUGGACAGUUUGAAACAUUUGAUCUCAUGACCCUUCAUCCAAUAGAAGUUGCACGUCAGCUAACACUUUUGGAAUCUGAUCUCUACAGGAAAGUCCAACCUUCUGAACUUGUAGGGAGUGUGUGGACCAAAGAAGAUAAAGAAAUAAAUUCUCCAAAUUUAUUGAAAAUGAUUCGCCAUACCACAAAUCUCACUCUCUGGUUUGAAAAAUGCAUUGUGGAAGCUGAAAAUUUUGAAGAACGGGUGGCAGUACUAAGUAGAAUUAUAGAAAUUCUGCAAGUUUUUCAAGAUUUGAAUAAUUUCAAUGGUGUAUUGGAGAUAGUCAGUGCCGUAAAUUCAGUGUCAGUGUACAGACUAGACCAUACCUUUGAGGCAUUGCAGGAAAGAAAACGGAAAAUUUUGGAUGAAGCUGUGGAAUUAAGUCAAGAUCACUUUAAAAAAUACCUAGUAAAACUGAAGUCAAUCAAUCCACCUUGUGUGCCUUUUUUUGGAAUAUAUUUAACAAAUAUUCUGAAGACCGAAGAAGGGAAUAAUGAUUUUUUAAGAAAGAAAGGGAAAGAUCUAAUCAAUUUCAGUAAAAGGAGGAAAGUAGCUGAAAUUACUGGAGAAAUUCAGCAGUAUCAGAAUCAGCCUUAUUGUUUACGGAUAGAACCAGAAAUGAGGAGGUUCUUUGAAAAUCUUAACCCCAUGGGAAGUUCAUCUGAAAAAGAGUUUACAGAUUAUUUGUUCAACAAGUCACUAGAAAUUGAACCCCGAAACUGCAAACAGCCACCUCGAUUUCCUAGGAAAUCAACUUUCUCCUUAAAAUCUCCUGGGAUAAGGCCUAAUACAGGCCGACAUGGCUCUACCUCAGGCACUUUACGAGGUCAUCCAACACCGUUGGAAAGAGAACCAUAUAAGAUAAGCUUUAGUCGGAUUGCUGAAAGUGAGCUGGAAUCAACAGUUUCAGCACCCACCUCUCCAAAUACACCAUCUACUCCACCAGUUUCUGCUUCUUCAGACCUUAGUGUGUUUUUAGAUGUGGAUCUCAAUAGUUCCUGUGGCAGCAAUAGCAUCUUUGCUCCAGUGCUCUUGCCACAAUCAAGGUCUUUCUUCAGUUCAUGCAGUAGUUUAAAUAAACUAAGUGAAGAGCCACUGGUUCCUCCUCCUCUUCCUCCUCGAAAGAAGUUUGAUCAUGAUGCUUCGAAUUCCAAGGGAACUAUGAAAUCUGAUGAUGACCCUCCUGCUAUUCCACCAAGACAGCCUCCUCCUCCAAAGGUAAAACCCAGAGUUCCUGUUCCUACUGGUGCAUUUGAUGGGCCUCUUCAUAGUCCACCUCCACCACCACCAAGAGAUCCUCUUCCUGACACCCCUCCUCCGGUUCCCCUUCGGCCUCCAGAACAUUUUAUAAACUGUCCAUUUAAUCUUCAGCCACCUCCACUGGGACAUUUUCACAGAGAUGUUAGUACAUGUCCAAAUUCGCCAAGCACUCCUCCUAGCACACCCUCUCCAAGGGUGCCGCGUCGUGUUCUCAGUUCUAGUCACAACAGUCUGGCUCAUCCUCCAGCUCCCCCUGUUCCACCACGGCAAAAUUCAAGCCCUCACCUUCCAAAACUGCCACCAAAGACUUACAAACGGGAGCUUUCGCACCCCCCACUGUACAGACUGCCUUUGGUAGAAAAUGCAGAAACUCCUCAAUGACCUUAGCCAUAUGUAGUCAUUGACACUGGAAUAGUAUUUGUAAAGUUUUUUAAUUUAUUCUAAAAAGGCAUAGUAUUUUAGUACUUUUACAAAUAAUGCCCUUAAAAUGCUACUGAUCAAAUAAGCUGUUAAGAAUUAGAUAAAUAUCGCUUCUCGGCCUUUUGGCUAAGAUCAAGUGAAGAAUUGGAUAAAUAAAAAUACAAAAGUCCUUCACCAUUAUCCUCAGGUGAUCAGUAGCAUUACCUUGUCUUGGAUCCUCAGUGCUGCCAAAAGGCCAGUAUAACAAAUUUAUAUUUGCACUGUAGACUCUGCUGAAAAUAUGGUUUAAAGUGACAGUGAUUGCACUGAAAGGGGAUAAUGCUUUUGUGAAAUUUUUGAAAUUUAAGUAAUAGAUGCCUUUUUAAGGUAAUGAAUUUACACAAGUAUAGAGGGUGUAUGGUGUUACUGAUUUUUAAACCUCUUUGACAUCUUCUAGUUUUUACAUCUAGGAGAAUUGUGAAUAACACCCACUUUUUAAACUCUCUAAUGCCAUGUCUUAAAUGCCAGUAUUUGCUGCUGAAGACAAAAUUGAAAAAUAGAAUGAAAAUAAUAGAAUGCACUGUUUAUUUUGUCAAAAUGUAAACGAAGCCUACAUAAUCCAGUUAUAAAGGGAAAAGGGCAUGUAUCUCAGAUGUGCCUUUUGUUUUGCAGAGUAUGAUGUCUUUAGCUAAUGAGUUGCCUAUUGUUUUGGAAAACAAAGUUAAUAUGCCAUAUAUGUACAGUUUUGUUUAUAAUGUAUAUUUAAAUAAUGCUAAUAACCUAUAUAAAUUUAAGUGACUUGAGGCCUAUAAUACAAUCUGCUACUUUACUAAUUCAUAAAUUCAAAGGAAAAUUUAUGGCAUAGGAACCAACUGCCUUGCCUUCAAAAUCACUAGUAACUUUCUCUAUAAAUCUUGUGUUAACUGAAAUUUUUAGAAGUAUAUUUUUUAGAUUGGUAAUAUUAAAGCCAGCAAAUACUUAAAGCUUUAUUAAACUUUUUAAUCAGAGAAGUAAAGCUUUUGUCAUUUGGAUGCCUUCCUUCAAAGUGAUAAAAGUGUUUUACUGAUAGUGUUGUAGCAGCAGUUGUAAAGUAGCCAAAAGCCACGUUGUUUAUUUACUGGUCUGUGGCCUUUUUACUGUGCUUUGUAUCAGAGUUCUUAACAAGAUUAAUAAACCACCUCAGUCUUAAUUUUUAAA